GGCGGCUGGUGUGGGGUUGAGUCAGUUGUGAGACCCGGAGCUGCUGACCCAGCCGGCGGCCCAGUGGCCCGGCCACAGAGCGUCAGGCGUCGGGGGUUCGGGAGCGGUGAGCUGGCCGCAUCAUAGAGCUCGGCCGAGCCGGCGCCGCCGUCGUCCCCCGCCCCCAGCUAGCAAACCGCCGCCGCGGGCGCGCCCCCGCUCUGCGCUGUCUCUCCGAUGGCGUCCGCCUCCGGGGCCAUGGCGAAGCACGAGCAGAUCCUGGUCCUCGACCCGCCCACAGACCUCAAAUUCAAAGGCCCCUUCACAGAUGUAGUCACUACAAAUCUUAAGUUGCGAAAUCCAUCCGAUAGAAAAGUGUGUUUCAAAGUGAAGACUACAGCACCUCGUCGGUACUGUGUGAGGCCCAACAGUGGAAUUAUUGACCCAGGGUUGACGGUGACUGUUUCAGUAAUGCUACAGCCUUUUGACUAUGAUCCCAAUGAGAAGAGUAAACACAAGUUUAUGGUACAAACAAUUUUUGCUCCACCAAACACUUCAGAUAUGGAAGCUGUGUGGAAAGAGGCAAAACCUGAUGAAUUAAUGGAUUCUAAAUUGAGAUGUGUAUUUGAAAUGCCCAAUGAAAAUGAUAAAUUGGGUAUAACUCCACCAGGGACUGCUCCGGCUGUCGCUUCAAUGAGCAGCAUCAACAACACAGUUUCAACACCUGCCAGUUAUAAUACGAAGAAUGACCCCAGGGGACUCAGUGUGUUCAAACAGGAGAAGCAGAAGAAUGAUCUGGAACCCAGCAAAACUGUUCCACUGAACGCCUCUAAACAGGAUGGACCCAUGCCAAAACCGCAUAGUGUUUCACUCAAUGAUACUGAAACAAGGAAACUCAUGGAAGAAUGUAAAAGACUUCAGGGAGAAAUGAUGAAACUAUCAGAAGAAAAUCGACACCUGAGAGAUGAAGGCUUAAGGCUCAGAAAGGUAGCACAUUCGGAUAAACCUGGAUCCACCUCAGCUGCAUCCUUCAGAGAUAAUGUCGCCAGUCCUCUUCCUUCCCUUCUUGUCGUAAUUGCAGCCAUUUUCAUCGGGUUCUUUCUAGGGAAGUUCAUCUUGUAGAGUGAAGCAUGCAGAGUGCUAUUUCUUUUUUUUUCUCUUGACCAGAAAAAGAUUUGUUUACCUACCAUUUCACUGGUAGUAUGGCCCACGGUGACCAUUUUUUUUUUUUUUUUUUUUUUUUUUUUUUGUGUAUACAGCGUCAUAUAGGCUUUGCCUUUAAUGAUCUCUUACGGUUAGAAAACACAAUAAAACAAACUGUUCGGCUCCUGGACAAAUUGUAUAUUACCAGAUCAUCACUAGCAGAUGUCAGUUGCACAUUCAGUCCUUUAUGAAAUUCAUAAAUAAAGAAUUGUUCUUUCUUUGUGGUUUUAAUAAGAGUUCAAGAAUUGUUCAGAGUCUUGUAAAUGUUAUUUUAAUAAUCCCUUUAAAUUUUAUCUGUUGCUGUUACCUCUUGAAAUAUGAUUUAUUUAGAUUGCUAAUCCCACUCAUUCAGGAAAUGCCAAGAGGUAUUCUGUGGGGAAAUGGUGCCUCUUACAGUGUAAAUUUUCUCCUUUACCUUUGCUAAUAUCAUGGCAGAAUUUUUCUUAUCCCUUGUGAGGCAGUUGUUGACUGAGUUUUUCAUCCUUACAAUCCUGUCCCAUGGUAUUUAACAUAAAAAAAAAUAAAACUGUUAACAGAUUCUUGCUCGA